AUGACCCUCGUGGUGACGGGGGCCCAUCGCAUGGUGGCCUGCUGCGCCGAGCGGGUGAGGAUCCUUUCUGCUCCCUCGGGCGAUUGCCUGUGCACGCUGGAGCAUGCGGACCUGGUGUUCUCUGCGGUCUUCUCAUGGGACGGACAUGAGGUGUUGACUGCUACCCAGGGCGCGAUGGCAUUGAUCUGGUCUGCUACCUCUGGGGAGUGCCUGCGUACGUUGCAGGGGCACCAGGACGGGGUACUCUCUGCGGUCUUCUCGCAGGACGGGCAGGAGGUGCUGACAGCUUCGGAAGACGGUACCGCGAAGAUCUGGUCAGCCGUUUCUGGGGAAUGCCUGCGUACGCUCAGGGGCCACAGGACUGCAGUGAUGUCGGCCGCAUUCUCGCCAGACGGGCAAGAGGUGGUGACCGCGUCCAUGGACAGGACGGUGAGGAUCUGGUCGGCGGCCCUCGGCCAGUGCCUGCGCACGCUCGAGGGCCACGGCGGAACGGUGCUGUCCGCCGACUUCUCGCCGCACGGGCGGGAGGUGCUGACGGCAUCCACGGACGGAACGGCGAAGCUCUGGGCCGCCGCCUCGGGGGAGUGCCUGCACACGCUCCAGGGCCACCGGGAGCCCGUGCGCUCCGCCCGCUUCUCCCCGGACGGGCGGGAGGUGCUGACCGCCUCCUGGGACCACACGGCGAGGCUCUGGUCCCCGGGGGGGGCCGGCCCAGAGCGCGGGUGCCUGCGCACGCUGGAGGGCGGGGAGCCCCUGUGCUCCGCUGCCUUCUCGCCCGACGGGCGCCUGGUGCUCACCUCCUCGGUGGGCUGGACGGCGAAGCUGUGGUCUGCCGCUUCGGGGGCGUGCCUGUGCGCGCUGGGGGACGCGGGCGCGGUCGCCAGUUUCGAGCCGUGA